GUCAAAGUUGUGGGCUUCAUGUCAGUUGACGGGACAAGCUUGGACCAAAAACCAGCGGCCGGGCAGCUCCUAAGGCUAUAUCGGCAGACCAAGGCUGUCAAGAAAGAUGUCUUUCAUAUUUGACUGGAUCUACCGGGGCUUCAGCAGUGUCUUGCAGCUACUGGGGUUGUAUAAAAAGACCGGCAAGCUAGUGUUCCUUGGCCUGGACAAUGCUGGAAAGACAACGCUCCUGCACAUGCUCAGAGAUGACAGGCUAGGACAACACGUGCCAACGCUACAUCCAACAUCUGAGGAGUUGACCAUAGCUGGAAUGACAUUCACAACAUUUGACCUUGGCGGUCACACACAAGCAAGAAGAAUCUGGAAGAACUACCUCCCAGCCAUAAAUGGUAUAGUCUACCUGGUGGAUUGUGCUGAUCAUGAGCGGCUAGCAGAGGCUAAAGUUGAACUGGAUGCCCUGUUAACAGAUGAAACCAUCUCAAACGUCCCUGUUCUGAUCCUGGGGAAUAAGAUAGACCGUCCUGAGGCCAUCAGUGAAGAUGCACUUAGAGGAAUGUUUGGUCUUCAUGGACAUACAACAGGAAAGGGCAAAGUGUCACUGAAGGAGCUGAAUUUGAGGCCGAUGGAGGUUUUCAUGUGUAGUGUGCUGAAGAGACAAGGAUAUGGAGACGGUUUCCGCUGGCUCUCCCAGUAUAUUGACUGACUGUUGAUAACUUUAACCCUGAUCUAUACCUUGCUGCCUGUGCACACAAAGACAAGUUCCACACAAAACUACCUACAGUUGAGAUAUUUUAUUACAUAUGCUGUACUUAGGACGUAGGAAUAUUUAGAACUGCCAGCUUUAGUGUUUUGUGUUGAUCAAGGCUGUUUUCUCCAUCCAGGAUUAAGGAUGAAAGUAAUGAAGUUGGUAGUUUUAUGCUGAUCGAAUGGAGUUUAAUCUUCAUGCUGUAGUGUCUACAUUUGACUUGAAGCCCAGUGGAGAAUUCAGUCAGCCAUAUAGAACAUGUCAUCGCUGUGAACCAGUUUCUGACCCGAGUUGUAUUUUUAGCUGCUGGUGUAGACUUACAUUGAAGGUCAGUUUGGUUCCCAUUCUGUGCUUGGAGUUCCUUCCUUCAUUGAGAAUUAGUGUAGUGUAAGUGUUGGCACAGAUUAAACAUUACGUCUCAUCAGUAUUAUCCUCCGUCUUUUAAACUAAUGGGGAUCCUGUUGGAGGUUUAUUUUGAAAUAUUUGAAAAGUGCCACAGAGAACUGGUGCCACAUUUUACAAUAAAAGAAGUGCAAACAUCACAGCCUGCUUCAUCCUAGGAUACUGACAGUUCAGCUUAUUGCAUGUUUUUAUAUUUAAUUAAUGGGUAACCGCUACAUGCCAAUUAUACGAAUGUGACCACAAGUGCAUUGACUUACAUUUUGCAGUGAAAAGUUUUAUUUAAGCACAAACUGUUGUUAGAUUAUCACAGUUUAUAUGAUCUGCAUCAGCACAGCCAGGUGAUGUAAGAAACCUAUCCAAAUGGCGUCUUCUAGAAAUGGUUAAUAGCUGUGAAAUAACUUGAGUACUUUGUGAUUAGUGGCUGCUCAAAAGUGCAGUGAUAUUAUGAGAGUACUCUUGUGGUGCUGAAAUAAAUGGCGUGGAAAAGAUUUGCAUAGAAUAACCUCUUUAAAAUGUUAUUAAAUAUUUUGUAUAUAUGCUCUUAUUUAUAUUUUGCAAUAAAGCAGACUUGCCUUGUGUUUUAUCAUGCACUGACCUCUGGAGAAAUGCAUCUGUUACAAAAGGUUGGUCAUAUUGUUAUAAAAUGUGUGUGAAGUUUGAAUAUAAUAAAUAUUUGACAAUC